AGAGGAGAGGAGAGGAGAGGAGAGGAGUGGAGGAGAGGAGGGAGAGGAGGGGAGGGGAGAGGAGAGGAGAGGAGGAGAGGAUGUGUGAUAUAAUAACCGCUGUGUCUCCUCCUCAGGUCUCAUCAUUCUCUUCUAUCUGGUCUUCUAUCUGUUUCUGGCUGGAAUGUUCAUUCUCACCAUGUACAUCAUGCUGCUGACGCUGGACGACUACAAGCCCACCUGUCAGGACCGCCUGACCACGCCAGGGAUGAUGAUUCGUCCAAAGGGGGAGCAGCUGGAGAUCAGUUUUUCGGUCUCAGAAACAGAGAGUUGGGACGGUUUCAUCAACAACCUCAACGGAUUCCUGUCUACAUACAACGACAGCUAUCAGGUUCAGACCAAUGAUGAAUGUUCUCCAGAUCAAUAUUUCAUUCAAGAAGACAGUGGAGAGGUCAGGAACAAUCCCAAGCGUUCCUGUCAGUUUAAUCGGACGAUCCUGGAGGAGUGUUCUGGGAUAUCGGAUCGUUUCUAUGGUUACAGCAGAGGUCAGCCUUGCAUCCUCAUCAAAAUGAACCGGGUCAUCGGUAUGUUACCAGGGAAGGACGGUCAGUCUCCAUAUGUCACCUGUGGAGCCAAGAGAUACAGGGUGGACAAAGAUGAGUGGAGGGAGGACAGUGAGAAGAUCGGACCUCUGGCGUAUUAUCCUCCUAACGGAACCUUGAACCUCAUGUACUACCCGUACUACGGCAAGAAAGCUCAGGUGAACUACACACAGCCGCUGGUGGCCGUGAAGUUCCUGAACGCCUCUCUGAACACAGACAUCAACGUGGAGUGUAGAAUCAACUCCAACACGCUCGCCGUCGGCAGCGAGCGAGACAAGUUCGCCGGACGGGUUUCCUUCAAACUACGAAUCAACGACAAAUAGACACACCUGCACACCACACACACACACACACACACACAUCUACACACACCACACGUUAAAGCUGCACUAAUCCAGAUGUUGUAAAUGAAGUGACACAAUCUGCCCGUUAGAUCCUCAUGAUGCGUUCACUGACCGUCUGUUUUUAAGCACCUUUAGUCCCCAGUAGUCGUUCUGUCUCGUAUCUUCUGACCUUCGACAGCUCGGUGCAGCUUUAACUCCCUGAAACCGACCAAUCAGCACGCACACACGCUGUGAUGUCACUGACGGGCUGGACGGCUCCGUCACCGUGUCCAUCUGCAUGAAGACAGCUGAUGCGUUCACUGACCCGCUCCUCAAUCAGUCAUGUGUUUAGUUACUUAUUAUCACGUGUUUAUUAAUUAUUAUUUAUUAUCUCUUUAUUGUGUAUUUAUGAUCUAUUAUUAUUUAUUAUUAUCUAUUAUUAUUUAUUGUUAUUUAUUUAUUGAUGACACCAUUUAGUUUUUUAUCAUCACAGACUUUAACAGGUUCUUACAUCUGGUUUCAUCAGUCAGUUCAGAAACCAGCUUCAAACCAGUUUAACUCAGAAAGACGACUGAAACGCCACAAACCAGUUCAGGAACUAAAUCCCAAACCCCGAUAGGAACCAGCCCAGAAUGAGGAACCAGUUCAUGAAUCUCUUCUAAACUAGUUCAGAUGACAAAGCAGAUCAGGAACCAGAACAGGAACUAGUUCAUGAAUUACUUCUAAACCAGUUCAGAAACCAGAACAGGAACCAGUUCAUGAAUCUCUUCAAAACCAGUUCAGAAACCAGAUCAGGAACCAGUUUCGAAAUCAGAACAGGAACCAGUUCAGACAUCAGAUGACAAAGCAGCUCAGAAACCAGAUCAGAAACCAGAUCAGGAAUCAGCUCAGGAAUCAGCUCAGGAACCACAACAAAAACAAAUCCAGAAACCAGAACAGAAACCAGUUCAGAAACCAGAUCAGGAAGCAGCUCAGGAACCAGAACAGAAACCAGUUCAGAAAUCAGAUGACAAGGCAGAUCAGGAACCAGAAUAGGAAGCAGUCUAGAAACCAGAACAGGAACCGGUUUAGACACCAGAACAGAAACCAGUCCAGAAAAAGGAGCCAGUUCAGAAAUCAGAUGAGAAAGCAGAUAAGGAACCAGAAUAGGAACCAGUCCAGGAACCAGAAUAGGAACCAGUCCAGGAACCAGAAUAGGAUCCAGGUCAGGGACCAGUUCAGAAACCAUAUCAUUAGUAGGUCAGAAUCAGGACCAGUUUGUAAACCGGAACAGGAACCAGUUCAGGAACUGGUCCGUCUCUCGGUCGUCUCCACGUCCAAUCAGAUGCUAGCUUCAGUAACCAUGGCAACAGUCCUGAGUUAGAUGUGUCUCGUUAGUUAGUUAGAGGGUUAAUUAGUUAACGAGUUAGGACGUCGUUACGUGUUUUUAUUUACGUGUUUGUUUUUGUUUACUAUCGUCACUACGGGGCUGAGCAUGACAACCGUUACCAUGACAACCAGACACACCUGUCAAUCACUCUAUCGUGCCACGUGGAAACGCCCCUCCCACCUGUACUGCUCUCCACCAAUCGUCUUCCUUCAAAGAGCGACCAGCCAAUCAGAUGGUCCUGCUGUAUGAUGUCAUAUGAUACUCGUCUGUGAUUGGUUGAUUUCUCCUGCCUGAACAUUUCCCUGUUUCCCCCGUGAAAAUAAAACUACAAAGAAAACUACAAAAAA